UCAUUAUUUCCUUUCAGCUCUGCGGAAAUGUCAGGACAUCACGAUGGGAGUUCUUCUGAUGUUGAGCUUGUCAAUAGACUUAGAGAGACUGGCUUGGAUCCUGAGUAUUGGCUCGGUGUGCUUGAAGAAAACCUGGGCAUUAACAAUAUACAAUCAAUAAAAUGCAUUCAGCCUGAAGACUGCUCGCUACUAGAGGAGAAGACCCGUUACCAAUGGGAAAAAAGAGCUUUACGUCAACUAUGCAAUGUGCCAGAUAGCAGUACAAAUGUUAAGGAAAUGCAAGAGAAGCGACGUCAGGUAAUGAAAGAAAAGAACGAACAAGCAUUAAAGGUAAUAACUGAGCUAAAAACAUUAAGAUCUGAAGGAAAAGAUCGACAUGAUGAAAUGGUCAAGCAGAGGGAAGAAGAAAUUCGUAAAGCCCUAGAAAUACCUUCUGAUUGUUCAGCACCACCGGAAAAGUCUAUAGUGGAUCUUAUAGAUUACUAUGAAAAACAGAUUAAGUUCAUGGGAGAAUCAUUUAAAAAAUCUGACAAUAUAAAAGAUGAAGACCUCCUUAGAUAUGCUUCUGGGGGUUUGGCACUUGAAGGAAUUUUCCAAACAAAAAACAUUAAUGAUGUGUUUCAGAAACGUGAACCACUGCUAUGUAUUCCAGAGGGUUUCCAACUUCUUGGACCAGAGCAAAGUCCAGUUUUUCAACAAAAGGAAUUUACAUCCCAAAUAGAGGAGUCCAGUUUUAAGAAAACUGUUGAAAAAGUAGGUUUAAGUUUAAGUAGCUCAGUUAAUUUUAGUUUCAUGGGAUUCGGUCUAAAAAUCGGUACAGAUUAUAGCAAAGAUUCAGAAUCUGAUAAAACCAGUAAACAGUCUAGUCAACAACAAUAUGUCUGUACAACAAGAUACAAUUACAUCCCACUAGCAUCCUGCUACUUCACUAAGGACCAGAUGAAACUCUCGCAGAGUGCACUAAAUGCAUUAAAAGACAUUGAACCACUAAUUGCCAUAGAUUCAGGUAAACAAGGCAUAAGAAUGAAAUGUACAGAUUUUUUCCAGAGGUUUGGCUCUCAUGCUAACCUAGGCCCUGUACACUUUGGGGGAAUAUACUGGUGGAAAGCUUCCAUGGAAAGCAUUACAUCUAAUCAGAUGCAAGAAGCUAAAAGAAUGACAUCAGAGGCACUAAACUUCUAUGUUGGUGCUAGUUAUGCUGGAAGUGGAGGAGAUUUUGACUUAACAAAAACAAAUACAUAUGGUUCCAUUGACCAAUCAACAAUCUCCAAAUUUCAGAAAGAUAUUCAGUUCUUCUCCACCAAAACAGGGGGUCCUUCAGAAGUUGAUUCUCUCUUUCAUUGGAGAUCAGGUCUUAUAGCAAGUAACAAGACAUGGAGUGUCAUAGAUCGUGGAUUUCAGCUCAUGCCUGUUUGGGAAAUUAUUGUGAGUAAUCACAGGGAUCAGUUCACAGAUGCCAUGAAACUUGCUUCAUGUUUAAAUGAUUCUUACACAUCAUCAACUGGUCUGACUUCAAAAACAAUGGUUGGAGAAGAUUUACUGACUGCUUUAGAAAAAACUAAGAUAUUCUUGCAAGAAAUGCAAUCUUGGAAAGCUGAGGAUUCUGAGGAACAUCUGAAAACAUUAAGUGACUUUAAACAAACACUGAAUGAAACCACAAGAAGUUACAGCGCUUGGGUGAAUUUGUGCCUGUCAGAUAAAGGUCUUCAAGAAUUUUUGCUUAGCAUCGUUAAGAAAUAUCAAGAAAGUAAGGAGAAAGAUGUCUAUCGCAUAAAAAUUUCACUGCAAGAACUACUUGAGCCACAUAUUUAUUCAGUCGAUAGUUUUUCUGAUGCUUCAUUUAUUAUGAGGUGGAUUUAUAAUUCAGAGAAGAAUGAACUUGAUCAGAUCCAUCUUUCUGAAUUUAAGGAGCUCCUUGAUGUUUUGCAGAAAUCAAAAGAAAAUCUUUCUCAGAUAACACUUUCUCUGUCAUCAUCUACAGAAGAACAAUUCCAAGCUAAGAUAAAAGCUACCCAGCAUAUCGGUUGCUCACUUUAUUCGUUUUUAAAAACUAUGAGGAAGACAAAACAAAAAGAUUCUGAAUUACUGGUGCUCCUCAUUGCAAAUAACUCUGGAUACUGUAUAAAAAAUCUCUACUUUCGUAACAUUCUAGGACGGAAUGAUAUAGAUAUCUUGCAAAACAACAUAGAAGAAGUCCAUAAAGAAUAUGCAAACCUGAAAGGUCAAUGUGCUGAACGGGCACAAGCUUUUCUCCUGUACACAGGGUUAAAAUUUGCUGGUGUUUACAAAGAAAUGACUGCUCAACAGAAAGCAGACCGAUUGAAUUUCAUGAAAAGUCAUCUAGAAGGUGAUAUCUUAUCUAAUGUUAACAAAAUCAUUCAUCAGCGUUCUGAAUGUUAUGAUUGGAGCAAAAUGGAAGAUAAUCUAAGAGAAUUUGCCUAUGGAAUUGUAUUAAGAAAGGAGUUUAGCUCAGAUGAAAUUGCUAAAGAGCUGGAAAAUAUCUGUCAGGAUGAAAUUAGACUUAAUAACACUGAUGAACAAAUUGACAGCAGCAACAUGGACAAAGAUUUUUUGCAAUUGUUAAAGAGGCUUGACCUUGUAAAAUAUUAUCCACAAAAAAUGAAAACGGCUGAUUUUCAUAAGAUAUGUAGAUCUUCUAUGUCUGAAACACUGACUUUAGGAGAACAUCAACUUUCCUUCCAUUAUCUACAAAAGUUGCUCAUGUUGGACUAUCGUGCUAGAUAUACACAGUACAAAAGUGCUAAUGAUCUCGCUCAAAAGAAUAUAGUGACCAUAAAUGAUAAAGUUGAUAAAAAUGACAUAUCGGAAGAUUUCUUAGAUGAUUUCCUUGAUGACAGCAAUGAGGAAUUUGAAAACCAAAGUGCAAACCAAGAGCAACCUAUUCACCCUAUGGAUAUGCAGAUGGCAAUUUUUCAUUGUGCUAAUGACUUUAUGAGGCAGUAUAUUUACACAAAACUCUCACUUUGUCAGUUUGCUGUACCGCUGUUGGUAAGAAAUCCCAGCACAAAGCUCAUUGAGUUUCCUCUUUGGUCUUUUCAAGAAGUUAAAAAGAAAUGGAAAGCAAAAAGUGGCGCGAACAGGGAUGAAACAUCCAGCAACGAAUGUGUUACUGAAGCUGAAACUCCUAUUGUAUCUUUCAUUCGCUUUGGUCCAUCAGCUUCUUCUAAGUCACAAAUAAUCAACUGGCUGAUCAGUAAACAAAGACAUGACAUCUUCUAUCACCGCCAUUGCAAGGGAAGCACGAAGAACUCUUUGCUAAUGAAUGGCAUUACAGAAAUUGCUUGGUAUUGCCCAGGUGGGAAGGAUGAUGAUGCAUUUGAUGACUGCAUUGCCUUUACCAAUCUACAUGGUGAUGCUAGAGACCAUGACAAACAAGUACAAUUUUUAGAGCAGAUUUCCUCAGUCAUUUUAGUUUUGUUCAAUGAUAGAGAUGCAAGGGAAGGACAUGGUAAAAUAGUUCUGCAGCGAUUAGUGAGAUCUCCCACACCAUUAAUCUGUCUUAUUGCAGACAAGGAAUGUCCUCCACCAAAACCUGGUACUAAAUUAAAAAUAGGGUUAAGAGACAGAAAUGAAGCAGAUAUGGUAGACAGAGUAGCUACUACAAUACAAUCAUUAUUGGCCAGUUCAAAUCAAAGACACUCUCUUAACAAAUGUGCAAGCAUUGCCAGAAGUCAUGGAUUUAUAGUGGAUGUGGACAAAGAGCAGUGCAAGCAAGGAAGAGAUCACGCAGAGGUUCUACUGUCCCUACUAAAAGAAAAAAAGCUCUCAGCUAUAAAGGAGGCAUUUCUGCCAUUGCAAGGUGAUCUGUGGCAUAUGUGGUGCACAAAGGAUAAGGAACUCACUAGGCUCAAGGGAAAAAAUAAUUUGAGCAUUGAGCAACAGCGGAGUGACAUUGAGUCUCAAAAACAAGCGCUAAGAAACAGUCAAAUACAAAAAGCUUUUCCUUUAAAUGACUUUAUGAGAUCUCUCCUAAAUAUUCUACACUCAAAUGCUCAGGGCUCAAAAUUAUAUUUUCUUCAGUGGUUUAAAAUGUUUUUGGAUGAUUUGUCUUCAGAAACAUUAUCAACUCUCUAUCAUGAAUAUCAUAAUGUUUGGUCAGAUUUAAAAGUGGAAAAGCAAAAGGGCAAAAAUAAGCGUGUAAUACAAAAAAUUGAAAACAACCUGGAACAACUAUCAACCAAGAUCAACAUCUCAACAUUUGGGCUUGAACAUAUUCUCAGAGAACUGGCACAAAUUUAUGAAGCAUUAGAAACAUUCCCUGAAAAAGAUAAAAGCUUUUUCACUUUGCCUAAAAUUGCAGCACAUCUUAUGGUUUCAGGGUAUCCAUUAGAGCUUAUGGAUGGCGAUGCUGCACAUGUACCAUUGAAGUGGAUAGGAGCUGUUCUGGAUGAAUUGAUAGGACUGUUAGGAGAUAAAAAGCUGUAUGUCCUUUCUGUACUAGGUAUUCAGAGUACAGGUAAAUCCACUUUACUCAAUGCUAUGUUUGGCCUCCAGUUUGCAGUGAGUGCUGGUAGAUGUACUCGAGGAGCGUUUAUGCAACUUAUUAAGGUUGAUGAAGAACUUAAACAAGAACUAAAAUUUGAUGUGCUUGUUGUAGACACCGAAGGUUUAAGAGCUGUAGAACUAUCAAAGAAUAAUUCAGUGAACCAUGAUAAUGAAUUGGCUACAUUUGUAAUUGGCCUGGGUAACAUCACUGUAAUUAAUAUUUUUGGUGAAAAUCCUUCCGAAAUGCAAGACAUUCUACAGAUUGCUGUUCAAGCAUUUCUCAGAAUGAAACAAGUGAACUUAAGACCAAGCUGUUUAUUUGUUCAUCAAAAUGUUGGUGAGAUCACAGCCAAAGAAAAAAACAUGGAGGGAAGAAGAAGAUUGCAAGAGAAACUGGAUGAAAUGACAUUGUGUGCAGCGCAGCAGGAGCAGUGUGAUGUCACUUGUUUCAAUGAUGUCAUUCAGUUUGAUGUCAACACUCAUAUUCACUAUUUUGCCCAUUUGUGGGAAGGUGACCCACCUAUGGCCCCUCCAAAUCCAAGUUACAGUGAAAAUGUCCAAGAGUUAAAGAAGAUCAUACUCCAGUCAGGGAAACAGGAAGAACAUGCAAAUAUUUUGAGCAUUUCAAUGUUUAAAUCACGUGUUAAUGAUCUAUGGAGUGCGCUGCUUAACGAAAACUUUGUUUUUAGUUUUAAGAAUUCUCUUGAAAUUGCUGCUUAUAGCAAACUGGAAACUAAAUACAGUCAAUUGGCAUGGUCUUUAAGAGAGCACAUGCUGACGCUUCAAAGCAAAAUCAACAACCAAAUUCACAAUAAUGUGAUAAAAUCUGUAAAUGUGGCUUCUCUAACCAAGGAAUUUGAACCGAAAUACAAAACGAUUCAGGAAGAGCUGAAUACAUUUUUUACAGAAGAAAAAGAUAGUGAAAUGUUAGUGCAAUGGAGAGCAAAUACAGAAAAUAGACUCUCUACUCUUAAAAGUGAUAUCAUAGAAGAGAUGAAGAAAAAAGCUGAUGAACUAUUGACAGCAAAAAAUAAUAGUGCAAAAAUGAACAUUUUUAAGGAAAAAUAUGAAGAUGAAAUGUUUGAGAAAAGCAAAAACCUGGCCUUGACUUUGAAAGGAAGAAACCUUAAUGAUGAGGAAUUGCAGGAAAAAUUUAAUGACAUGUGGAAUGACUUGAUUACUGAAGUAACUAACACAAUAAACAUGCCUGAGCGUCCUGAGAUCCACCUAGACUUAGAAAAUGUUUUCCUAGAACGCUUCAAAACAGAAACCAAUCUUGUUGAUACAAUUCGUGAUUCUUAUAAUUGGAAGGAUUUUCUUGCAGUGUUCUCCAAGUAUAUUGAGGGUAAACGAGGAUUUUUUUCAAAGGUGUUUUCCUCUGGAACACUCAGCCAUGAUGAUCAAGACAAGAUAAAACAUACAACAUAUAUUCUAAAGAAGCGAGUUAAUGAAUAUAUUGAAAAAAAAGAGCAAGAGAUAAUGGAUUAUCAGUGUAUCUAUUUUCAUGAAAUUUUGAAUACGAUUAACAAGGAAAUAUACACCAUGCUGGAUAAAAAGUUUAAAUUUUUGACAGAAUAUAAGCUGUAUGUAUCACUGUUCUUGUCUCAAAUUGCCGCCAGAAGAUUUAUCCGCAUUUCAGAUGCUUUUAGAGAAGCUAACAAUCCUCUUGUUUACUUGGAAGGUAAAAAGGAUCAAUUCUGGCAGAGUUUUAAAAUCUCCUGCAAAGAAAAAGAAACUGCUUCACUAGCUGUAUUGUGUAAUACAUUAAAAGGGUCCAUCCAACAAGAAGUGACAGAAAAGGCUGCACUUGAGUUAGCUGGGGACAUGAAAAGCAAUGAUCCUUCUUUAAAUGGGAACAGAUCAAAACUAGACUACUGUUUACUUAAGUCACUGGCAGAAAAGGAACGUUUCCAGGAUUACAUUAACUACAUCAAAGAUCCGAAAUCAGCAGUUCAGGCCUUUAUCAAAGAACGUGUUCACGUGAUUUGUAAAAGACAAAGAUUUCAGAGAUUUUCAACAUUAAAGUGGAUUUUUUAGACACUUGUAUCAAAAGCUAUCGAUAAGUCAACUGCGGAGGUUACAGACAAGCGUGGAAAUGUUAAAUCAUGGCUGGAAAGUUUCUGCCAAAAGCUUCAGAAUGAAAUGAAGCUGUCCUCAAAUGACUUGAAAAGUAUUCAAUAUCAGAACAUAACUGAUAUAGGUUUCCUUAAGGAGGCAAUGACAAAGGCUUUACAGAUAGUAGUGAAAAACCUUAAAGAUGAGUUAUCUGCAUGUGAUCUACAAACCCUUAAACAAAAGACCUUCACCAUUUUAUUUGACCAGUUUCCCGGAUGCUGGAAAAAGUGUCCAUUUUGUCACGCUAUUUGCACACAUACUACAAGUACACAUGAUGGAUGUCACAGUAUGAAGUACCAUCGUCCAAGUGGUUUAAGAGGUGAGAAGUGGCAUCUUACCAACCAUUUUGCCACGGAUAUCUGCACUACUGUAGUAUCAAGUAAUAUAUGGUACAUAGAAGAUGACAAUGAAAGUAUACGUUUUCCCUACAAAAACUAUAAAACUGCAGGACCCCCUUACAGUGAGUGGUCUAUUACUCCUGACAACUCUGCCUUAUCCUACUGGAAAUGGGUGACCUGCCGUUUUGAAUCUGAUUUUGAGAAAUAUUAUAAUUUAAAAUUUCAAGGGAGAGGUGAGAUUCCUUCACAGUGGAGAAAUAUAACCAAGCAGGAUGCCAUUAGAGAGAUAGAAAACAUGAUGUAGUAAACUAAAACAAUAACUCAAGUUGUCUUCUUAAGAUGACU